ACGCGAGCCUCUAGCUCUCGCGAGAGAAUUUGUGCGUCUCCUCGGAAGUUUCCGGCGACGUGAGAUUCAAACUGGUGGCGGGCGGCGCGCCACGACCAGCAAGCUGUUCCGCUGCAUUUGUGCUUUGGGGCAGCUGCUCUGUCCUCACAAUGGAUCUCAUCCGGAGCUUCUACGGAAGACUGCGGUCUCUGGCCAUCACCCUGGACAGCGAGACCGCCCGGCUGCAGCGGGCGCUGAACCGAGAGGAGAACGACUUUGAAGAUUAUGCAGUGAAGAUUUUACAUGACCUGCAUUCAGAAGUCUGGACUCUAAAGGAUGAUGUUAAUAUUCUUCUUCAUAAAGCAAGCUUGGAAAGUCAAGAAAACACUGAUUUCAUAAAGGCAACCAAGGUACUGAUGAAAAGAAAUUCAGUGGAUAUUAUGAAAAUAAGAGAGUUUUUUCAGAAGUACGGAUAUAAUCCACGGGCCAAGGAAAAUUCAGUGGAUGAACAUGAAAUCAUUAACUCUAAACCAGAAUCGGCUAAAUGUGAACAUCUUCAAAAGCCUGAUAUGAAGGAGAAUCUGUUUGAUCUUACUGUUCCAAGCAGUUCUGUUUCUGAGAUACCACCACGUAGUCCACAACUUUCAGAUUUUGGACUUGAGCGGUACAUGAUACCCCAGACUCUGCCAAAUCAUCCACAAGAAGUAAAUAACUGUAAGGAAGAGCCAGCAAUUUUCUCUCCACCUACCAAACAGUCACCAACUACAGUACUGAAAACUCCAAAGUGUGCACUAAAGAUGGAUGAUUUUGAGUGUAUGACUCCUAAAUUAGAACACUUUGGUAUCUCUGAAUAUACGUAUUUAAAUGAAGAUUAUACAAUGGGGCUUAAAAAUGUGAAAAGUAAUAAAAGUGAAGAAACUAUAGAAACAGAACCAAUGACCAAUGAUACUAUCUUUGCCUCUCCUGGUCCCAUAAUCCAGCAGUUGAAAAAAAAUGAUGCUGACUAUACAAAUUCACCCUCGGCACCUACAUUCUGCACCCCUGGUUUGAAAAUUCCUUCUACAAAGAACAGUAUGGCUUUGGUACCCACAGAUUAUCCAUUACCAAAAACAAAGAGUUCACCAAAUGAUUUGGAAAGGAAAGAUUGUACUUCAUUAGUUUUAAAUUCAAGGGAAUGCUAUGACAAUCUUGCAGAUCCCUCUUCUCCUAAGAUUUCUUCUUAUGAGAAUCUGCUCAGAACACCUACACCUCCAGAAGUAACUACAAUUCCAGAAGAUAUUUUCCAGAUUUUGUCAAAAUACAAUUCAAACCUAGCUACUCCAGUAGCAGUUAAAGCAGUGCCACCCAGGAAAGUCUUUCUUACUAAACACAAAGGACAAAACAUUCAUGAUGUUUGCAACAAAGAAAACUGGUGAAAAUCCAAGGCCGCUUCCCCCUCGCUCCAGAAGCUUGCGUAGACUCUCUGCUGCUCAGUUUCUCCCAGCGUGACAAAACACGUCCUGAGCACCACUGCCUGCCUCAGCCUGUGUGCACCGAAAGAUCUAGCCUGCAGGGUGCCAGAUAAGUCAGGUCUGGCACCUCUUCACUGCUUCUGAACUGUCUCUCCCUCCCCCUGCCACUGAGUCCAACUCCUCAACUUUGUCUUUAGUAGACCAGGCUCCUAGAUAAUCAUAUAUAAUCAAUUCACUUGUUUUCUCGGGUCUUUGUUUUAAGAGGGACCACAGGAAGCACAUGACUAUUCUGCCAUCUUGGCCCCACCUUUAACUGCUAUUUAGGCCUCAGUCUCAAUGGUAAAAUGGCAACUAUACAGAACAAUAAUUGUAUGUAAUCUGAAGGUUACAUGCUCAAAUAAUUAUAAUAUGCUCCUAUUGGUUUUAUGGUAUUGCCUUCCCAAUUUCACAAAAAUCAAGUUUGGAAUUUGUGUUUGGAAUACAAUGUAAGCCAAGUUUAGCUCUUAUUUAAGAUUGACAGUAUUUGAGAGAAUUUUAAACCUAGCCAGUUUAAUAAUGUAAUAAACACAUGCACAAAACUGAUAAUCUGAAACAUCACCUGUGCCAAUGAUUAUGAUGGGUGUGUAACAGCUGCAGUAACUUUUUGUACAUAAAACCCAAAAGUUUAAUUAUAAACUUGCAUAUAAUCUUAAAUUUAAAAUGAACUAUUGGAGAUCUUGGUUAGUAAUUGAAAAUGCCAACUUAAUGCACACUGUGAGAAAACUGAAAAGAUGUAAGAAAUGCCAUAUGCUAUAACUCACAUUUUCCUAAGAGAAAAAUUCAACUCCCAAACACCUUAUGAGUAAGCGAGGAAGUCAGGGCAAAUACUAAGGAACUUAAGCACAGUGCCAUCCUGAUAACCGUUUCUAUUUUAUAUUUAAGGAUGCAAUUCAUUACUUACAAAGCCAUACUUACCAAAUCAAAAAUCAGUAUUAAAUACAAGUUUUUUGAUUCUUACCAUUACACACAAUAAUAAAAUCAGUAGGUAUUCUUUAAUAGUACUUUUGGUGGGAAAUUAAAACCUUUAAAAGAAAAAUUCCAUGUUGAAACUGAAGGGUAGAAUUUGGUAAAUCAGCCAAACUACUUUACACUAGUGGGAAAAUAAUCUGCAAUUAUAGGAAAUCCUCAUUUUAAGAGUUCACACCAUUGGAAAAAUUAGCUUACAAAGGUAUUUUAUUUAGUUCCUACCAUUUUAUAUUGAUCUGCAUUGUAAAUCACCACUUUUUUCCUACAAAUAGGAUGGUAAUCAUAGCUCCUCUUUAAAAAAUUAGGUUCAAAUUAAUUUUACAGCAUAUAGAAUGAAAGACUAUCUAAUCUGAAUGGAUAUAUAAUCUAAAGGUUUGGAAUAAACCUACAGGGUAGAAAAGGCACUAAAUCUAGAUUCCAAGCUUGUCUCUGCCAUUUGCUGGUUUAUUUUCCAGCAGUAAUACCAAUUCUACAGAUCAUCAGAUUUUAAAUGGCUACGUUUGUAUGCAUAAAACUAAUGCAAUUUUACAUUGAAAAUUAUUAUAUAUUUUCUUCUUGGAAUAUAAAUUUUCAGUUUUCUAUUUUAAGAGACUAAAGGUAGUUAGGCUAUGUUGAGGAAUUACUAUUAGAGUCUACCUACUACAUACUACCAUACUUCAAAACAAGAUGUAAUAGUCCAUAGAAGUUUAGUUCCAGUUUUAGCUAAAUUCCCAUUUAUGGCUAGUAGCUAAUAUUUGUUUCUUGUAUGUCAGCCCUUCACAAAUAUUUAACCUUCACAACAGUAUAGGCUAUUAUAUCCAUUUUACAAAUUUAUAAAAACCAAGUCAAGUAACUUGUCCAAGGUUGCAGAACCAAUGGUACAAUCAGAAUUUAAAUCUUUAGCCUCACUCAGUGGGGCUCUCAUAUAGUUAAUGUAAUCUCAAAUUUGAAAUACAUACCAGUCCUCGGCACAUAACAGAACAUGUGAAUAUCCCCUACUCUCUCAGCCUGACUUCAUCCCUGGCUCUUCUUCACUUGGUCUAACUAAGAUUAUUCUUUUAGUUCUCCCUCUAUUUUCACAUCUUUAACAUAAAUCUUUUCACCCCGACCCCUAAGUUCUAACCCUUGUUUCCUCUAUACUGAGUCCUGCCUUCAAGAUGCCCUGUUCUCCUCAUUUAAAACCAUAAAGGCCCUCACUGUGGGACCCACUGUUCUUCCAGCUUGCCUCAGCUCAUACUAGUACUUAAUUAACACAAUCCCAUGGUCUUCUUUUUCUUCCCUAUUUGGGCUUAAACACACCUUCCCAUCACUUAGCAUAAACCCCAAUUAUUUAUUAGGUUAAAUCCUAUUCCCAUUCUUCCAUUAACUUUCAGACUCAGGUUGAUUGCACACAUAUAUUUAACAAUGCAGUUUUACGCAAAAAGCUAAGAGCACUUUUCUUCAUAUUUUACAGAAGAGCUUGAAACAAUAUGGACUUUCUAUUAAUAUUCAUACCAUAACAGCCAAAUCUAACCUAAAUAGAUGCAUUACAAUUUGUUUAUAGAGUUUAAAGGCUUAAUGGCAAUAAUCAGGGAAGGUAAAGAGCAAGUUUAUUGUACAUAACUGUCUGGAAAAUACAUUCAAGAAGCAGUAAAUAAAAUUUAAUAUGGUCUCAUGCGCCCAGAAGGAGGUGGUGCCCGAUUUGGAGGAGUGAUCGCUAUAUCCAAAUAAUCUCCUAUUUGGAACUUCUGCGACUGCAGGGUCAUGGAAUCGUCAGUCCCCUUUCUGCCAGACAUGGUGCUGCCGAUCUCCUUUACUCUGGAUGAAAGGAGACCAACUGUUAACAGCUCAGAAUUCAAUAAGAUGUAACACCUACUUACAAAAUGAAUAAAGGAAGGGAUCUGCUCCAUCAUCUGUACAACACAGUUCAAAAACCUAAGUAUAUAUUAAGCAAAUCUCCUGCGAGAAACCUCUCGUAAGUGUUAAAAAGCAAAGAUGUCACCUUGAGGACUAAGGUGCGCCUAACCCAAGCCAUGUAUUUUCAAUCACCUCAUAUGCAUGGGAAAGCUGGACAAUGAAUAAGGAAGACCAAAGAAGAAUCAAUACAUUUGAAUUAUGGUAUUGGUAAAGAAUACCGAAUAUGCCAUGGACUGCCAGAAGAACGAACAAAUCUGUCUUGGAAGAUAUACAGCCAAAAUGCUCCUCAGAAGCGAGGAUGGCGAGACUUUGUCUCACUUUGGACAUGUCAUCAGGACGGACCAGUCCCUGGAGAAGGAUAUCAUAUUUGGUAAAGUAAAAGAGGAAGACAAAAUAGACUGACACAGCGGCUGCAAAAAUGAGCACAAACAUACCAACGAUUGUGAAAACGGCACAGGACCAGGCAAUGUUUCAUUCUGUUGUACACAGGGUCGCUGUGAGUCAGAACUGAUUCAGUCACACCUAACAACAACAUAUUAAACUAAACCAGAUAUUAAGAUUAAGCUAUAUUCUCCCUACUGAACAGAUUCAUUAAAGGGGUUGCCCCUACCAGUUAAAACAUACCCAAAACAAAAAGAGAUGGAUAGAAAUUAAAUUAAAAGUUACCUACCGAUAGCCAGGUCUUUUAAGAUCUGUAAAAACAAUUGCAAAAUUGAAAUGUGUGCCCUUCUUUCUAGCUUCUGGGUAAACUUCUUUUACUAAACUAGUCAGUUCUUUCAAGGUUGCAUCCAUCCUGAAUUAAAAAAAAAAAAAGAUAUUUACAUCUGAUUAAU